UGAAAGAAGCAAAAAAUGUCCAUGUGAAUAGCUCCAAUAUAAAUAUACAACGGCCAUGUAUUUUUGGUGAAGGAAGCAUAGUAAUUCUGUAGUCAUGGAAAAAGAAUAUCUGCAAUCCCAUCAUGCACUUCGAAUCGCACUCCAAACAAUGACAGAGCGCUGCCAGCAGCUGGAAGUACGGUUAUCUGCUGUUCAAGAAGAAAAUUCUAACUUGCGUCAAGUAAACGAGACGUGUGAUUUUGUAUCUGUUACAAAAAUGAAAAUUAAUGAAGAGAACAAUUCAAUGAUCUAUAAAUUAAAAAAUAGGGAUGGGUUGAAAAAUCUAAAAUGUCAGCUAAUUGACAACAUAAACAUGGUAUCAUCAGAAAAUCGUCAACUGUGGAAAAGAUUAUGUACAAUAUCACAGCCUUACCGAUGUUCCAGCGAUCAAUUGUUAAAAAUCUCUGAUGGUCCGAAACAUUUACCAAGCACAACUUGUAACUCAUCUAAUAGUAACACCAAAAUUUUGGAACUAAGAACUACAAGUUGUAAUAAUGUAAUACCAAAUACUGCAGAAAAGGAGCUUAGUCAAAAAAAUACACCCUUUCCCUUAGUUGAUAGAAGUUUCAGUGAACCACCAGAAUUGGAAAAAUGUACUGGCAUAUGUAAGCUCCAAUUCAAUACAAAAAUGAAAUCAAGUAAUAUUGACUUAGCUUACCCAGAAGAUAUAAGUCAGAACUUACUAGAAUAUCUUCAAUGUCAUGAUAUGAAUCUGAAGAAAAUAAAAGAAAAUCUUUUAUUACAACGGGAACAGUUGAAACAUUCAUUACAGUAUUUGAAAAAAAUAAAAAAAGAUAAUGUAUAUCAUGAUGGUAAAAAAAAUAAUAACACCGACAAAAUAGUGCACCAAGCUAGAACGCAGUUAGUCUCAAAAAGUAGUUUAAAAGAAACGGAAGCAGCUCAAAUCAACUGUCCAACCUUUAAUAUAAAACUACAUAAAAAAACUCUUAUAGGUGAAAACAGCUGUCCUCUUUGUGGUGUUGUUUACAGGAAGUCAUCAUUUGACUUAUUACAUGAACAUGUAGUUGGUCAUUUUACUGAAGAAAUUUCAGAUGGUUCUUGAAUGGUUCUUUGGUUGUACGUAAUAAAAAAGCUAUUAAAACAAAAUUUCCAAAAAAUUAUUAGGCUG